CCCACAGAGGCGUUCUUUUGUGGGCGGGGCUGCACUUCCGGUCUCUCCGUCGUCCGUUCGCUCAGGCCGGUCGUAGUUUCUUUCCUUUCUACCUUGCCCAAGAGGGUCCAGGAAGAGAGGUGAUGGCAGCUCCAUUUCUGACAUUCAAGUCUCAGGACUUGGUGACGUUUGAGGAUGUGGCAGUAUAUUUCACUGAGGAGGAAUGGAAUCUUUUACACCCUGGUCAGAGGGCUCUCUACCGGGAAGUGAUGCUGGAGAAUUACACGAACAUCAUCUCCCUCGGGAUUCCCAUCAACAAGCCUGAUGUGAUUUACAAGCUGGAACAAGGGGCAGUGCCAUGGAUCACUGACCUUCAGAAUAAGGAGCAUGAACAGGACCAGGACAUGUGGACAGAUGAUGACAUUAAGACUGAAAAUGAUGAAGAACCUGAUUCAGAGAUGGAAGUGUCUGAAGAAGCUGCAUCACCUUGGUCUUUGUUGACAGGAUUCCCAUUGGACAUUCCUCAGGGGCUUGAAUUUGGAGAUGCCUCUGCAUGUGAAAACAGCAUAUGGACGAACUUCUGAUUACAUCUCGCAAAAAACCUUCCCCAAGUGGGGGCCAAAUCACCGCAGAGAGAAUAUUUCUCAGGCAUUCCAUCUAAGUCAAAGCUGCUUCUCUGAUUGUUAAAAAUGACAAAUGUUCAAUAAAUAUAUUGAUAUUCAA